AAGCCACAACUUCUUCCGGUGUUACUGGGGUCAGAGAGAGGGUGACAAUCUUUCAAAAUGCUCCUACGGAAAGUGCUGAGCGUGGCCAGGUUCAGGUCGAUCCACCACAGUCCUGUAUGGAGGAGUCCUUUGAUACCGAUUGUUGUGGAGCAGACGGGGAGAGGAGAACGUGCAUAUGACAUCUACUCUCGCCUGCUGAGAGAGAGAAUCAUCUGUGUCAUGGGUCCUAUUGAUGAUUCUGUAGCCAGUCUGGUUAUUGCCCAGCUGCUCUUUCUGCAGUCAGAAAGCAACAACAAACCCAUCCACAUGUACAUCAACAGUCCUGGCGGUGUAGUAACAGCAGGCCUAGCCAUUUAUGACACGAUGCAGUACAUCCUUAAUCCCAUCUCUACCUGGUGCGUGGGCCAGGCAGCCAGCAUGGGCAGCCUGCUCCUUGCAGCAGGUACAACAGGCAUGAGGCAUUCACUGCCCAACGCUCGCAUCAUGGUACACCAGCCUUCAGGUGGUGCCAGGGGUCAGGCCACAGACAUCGCCAUCCAGGCUGAGGAAAUUUUGAAGUUAAAAAAACAGAUCAACAACAUCUACGCAAAACACACAGGGCAGUUGCUGGAAACUAUUG